AUGCUUAUCUACGUGUAUGUUGUUUUACACAUAUGUGCACAACUGUUAUUUUUCUUUCCGAAGCACACAAUAUCCAUUGGGUACAAUGGUUUCCACGAGAGUAAAAUUACUACUAAUAUAAAUAGAGCUUCACAUUUGUUAAAAGACCCGGAAUAUCCAGAUUUUACAUAUUCACCUGAUACACAUAACAUUUAUCGCAAUUUUUGGUACCCUAGUGGAAUUUUUUUACAUAAACCUGGUGAAGAAGGCAAAGAUGACUAUGUUGGUGCUUAUGACUCUGAUGAUUUCAAUGGUACAACGCAUAAAAACCACAACAGCGAUGCGAUAGAUAAGGGUGAUAAUAUCGGCGUCGAUGACAAUGCUGUUAAUAAUAAAUUUAAGCCAAAUACUGACGAUAUUAUUGAUAACAAAGAAUUGAGUGAUGUGCAUACACAGACCAUUAAUCCAGCUAAAGGAAUCACAAUUAAUAAUAGUAUCGAGGGAAAACGAAAGUAUGACGAUAGUUUUAACGACGUAAAACAAGCAAUCUAUUCCCUGUACGGAAGAGCUAAGGACAAGGGGAUUGAAAUAGACAAUAUUCCCGAGUUAAACACCAAGGAAGACAUAUUUAAGGCGCUGGACAAGUUAAGCAUGUUACUUGAAAGCUACACAUAUAACUUGAAGUCAUUGGAUACAGGUAUUAAUCAGCAAUUUGAUAACAAAUCGGAGUAUGCAGAUAGUACACUAGUGGAUACGUCAGGUCAAUUUUUGCAGUUAUCAAGAUCACAAUCUCCUGCGUCCAAAACAAUAUCGAAUCAACCACCACCUCACUCAAUUGAUAAACUAAGAUCAUUUUUGGACGAAUUUAUGGAAACAUUAAAUGAAGUAGUUAGCAAAAAUACAGGAAUUGUUGAUUUGCUGGGCCAAACACAUAAAUUUCCCAUUGGAAAUACCACUUAG